AGUGUGGCUGACGGUGCUGUUUGUGGUGCUCGUCUGUGCGCAGCGCCUGCCGCCGCCUGUCUCUUUUAUUGUGUGCGCGGCUCUCGUCUUGCCUGGGUCAGCGGCUCCCGGGGCGCGCCUCUUUCCCUUCUUUUCCCUUGUGCGCUUCUGCAGAGCGAUUUGUCCGCGCCCCUUGUUCGCUGAGGGGGGGCGUCCCCCCAGCCCGCGCCCCUUUUCUCCCCCCUCCUGGCCGGGGGCUUGCGGCGCUUCCUUCUGGAUGCGUCCCCGCAGCCCCGGGCGGGAGGCGGCCAGGGGGAAGCGCUGCCUCCGAGGAUUUACUGCUGCCUGGGACUCGGACCCGCUCCUUCCCCGCGGGCGCACCCGGCGCCCCGGCUCCGCUGCCGCUCCGGGCCGCCGCCGCUGCUGCCAUGGACGAGAAGUACCUGCCCGAGCUGAUGGCGGAGAAGGACUCGCUGGACCCGUCCUUCACCCACGCCUUGCGGCUGGUCAACCAAGAAAUUGAAAAAUUCCAAAAAGGGGAAGGAAAGGAAGAAGAAAAGUAUAUUGAUGUAGUCAUCAAUAAGAAUAUGAAGUUGGGACAAAAAGUUCUGAUUCCAGUAAAACAAUUCCCUAAGUUCAACUUUGUGGGAAAACUUUUGGGUCCACGUGGUAAUUCUCUAAAGCGUUUACAGGAAGAAACACUGACAAAAAUGUCUAUUUUGGGAAAAGGUUCCAUGAGGGACAAGACAAAGGAGGAAGAGUUGAGAAAAAGUGGAGAGGCAAAGUAUUUUCACCUAAAUGAUGACCUACAUGUUUUAAUUGAAGUAUUUGCUCCACCUGCAGAAGCAUAUGCCAGAAUGGGACAUGCAUUGGAAGAAAUCAAGAAGUUCCUCAUCCCUGACUACAAUGAUGAAAUCAGACAGGCACAGCUUCAAGAAUUAACAUAUUUAAAUGGUGGCUCAGAAACUGCAGAAGUUCCAGUUGUCCGUGGAAAAGCAUCGAUUCGAGCGAGAGGAGUGCCUGUUCCUGCUUUGUCCAGGGGCCGUGGGGGAGUGCCUCCGCCACCAGCAGGAGUGCCCAGAGGGGCACCAGCUCCCCGGGGAGUCCCUCCCAGCAGAGGACCCGUCAGUCGGAGCCGGGGACUUCUGGCACCCAGAGCACGAGGAGUUCCUCCCCCGGCAGGGUACCGGCCCCUGCCGCCGCCCCCGGCGCAGGAGACCUACGGGGAAUACGAGUAUGAUGAUGGCUAUGGAGCUGCUUAUGAUGAACAAAGCUAUGAUUCCUAUGAUAACAGCUAUAGCACUCAAGCACAAAGUGGAGCAGAUUACUAUGACUAUGGCCACGGACUGAGUGAAGACACCUAUGACUCCUAUGGGCAAGAAGAAUGGACCAACUCACGACACAAGACACCUUCUGCAAGGACAACAAAAGGAGUCUACAGAGACCAGCCAUAUGCCAGAUACUGAUUGUACUGUCUGAUGUUGUGAAAUAUCCAAUCUCCACCAGUCCUGUAUACUGUUCAAAGUAAUUUUUUCUAUGAACAAUCCCUUUUUAUUAACUCAAAGUGCAUAAAAUUCUGAAUGGAUGGACUGAACUUUAAACAUUUUGUUGAAAGAACAACCUGGACAGAAAGAUAUGUAAAACAAGGAACUUUGUUAUUUCCAAACUGUGUUUGAAAAAAUAGGUGAUCAAAAAAAUAACCUUUGAUUAACUAGUGUUAAACAAAAAAUAGGUUUACUAAAUACGUUAGUCCAUUCUUUUUAACAUAAGUGUAGCCUUUUAUUUUAAAGGUUUUCAACAAUUUAGUUUUUAGCUUUUAUUUUCAGCCAUUUGCUAGAUUUUCUCUUUGCAAACAUGCGUAAAAAGGGAAGCAAACUACAAAUGCGAAUAAUGUGGUAUUUUGUAACUCAAGUCUUGAAAUGUUCUGUAGUGUUAAGCAAAGUUUUACCCUUGCUUGAUACUAAAUAAACUUUUGAAAGAAAAUCAGUGUGUGUGAGAUUAAUUUUAUGCUUUAUCUUAUAAUAAAACUUCAUAAAUAGUAGUAAACAGGGAGAAGUGUUUAACAGUGAUCAGCAUAAAAGGCUCAUAUUAAACAUUGUGCAACUUCUUCUAAAACAAAAUGGUUUAAACCUAAAUGUAUCUCUCUAUAUACUCACAGUAGAUAUAAAUGCUGUUUAAAAUAUCCAAAUGGUAUGGAUCUGCUUGAGUGCCACAUUAAAUCAAAAUACUUUUGUUUAAAAAUGGUUUAAAAUAGCUAAUGAAUUUUCUGGGAAAAGAUGUGACUAGUUUUCACCUUGUUGAGCAUUUUUUCACUAGUGCAACUUUGGAAUUUUUAUGAGAAUUUUGGUACCUUAAUGACCACCUCGCUCCGUGCUGGAAGCAAUAAACACAAAGCUUUUAAAGACUUUCUGACUUGACUAAUUGAGGUCGCUUUCGUCAGAGGCAGAGGAUGUGUAACCCUUAAAACGGUCUUCAUUUGCAAAGGAAACUCACCUCCUUGGACAGCCAAGAGAACAAAAACCCUAAUCUUCUGAUGCUUUGGAACUUCUGCCAUGUUAAUUAUGGACUGCUUAGAGCACUGUACCCAUAUGCUCAGACACUGACAAGACAGAGUAUGAAAAUCCUGCUCAGCAUUUCUUGUAUGAAAGCCUUAAAGUGUAUAACAGCAUACACUUUUUAAAAAUAAUUGUAUAGUGAAACUCUUAACUGUAUAGUGAUGCAACAAUGUUUUAUUUGGAGCUCAAUAAAGAAUUUCCAUCUAAGUUCCUGUUACAAAGCAAUAACACCACCUCCUUUUCUUUAGUGACUCUUUUUAGCCUUAUGCAGCAAGUGUGAGAGAGUGUGUGAAGUCUCAUGACUAGAACUUAAAUGCUUCUGGAAAUAGCUUGUCUAAUGUAGGAACAACAUGGAUAAGUUAAAAUGAAGAUUGGUGUUUUCUGCUGAAGCUUUUUUAAUAGUUAAUUGUAAACAAGUCUUCUCCAGACAAGAUUCUUGGGUAGAAAUAAUGCUCCAACUUCCAUUUCCUUCAAAAACUUGUAUAAAAAGGUGUUUAAUCCCUGUAAAUUAUACUAUGCUGCUUAUUCUCUUUCACUUGGUGUUUGAUGCAUAGGAAUCUUUUCUCUAAUACACAGUCACAGGUUUUCUAGUAGUAGUCUUGGAUGAGGCUUUUACACCUUGAUAAAUCUUGUAUCCAACAGUCAUGUUUCCUCAGUGCUUUCUGUUUUAUAUUAAUUGUGAUUGUGAUAAUUUGUAACAGAAAUAAAGUUCUGAUAAUUUA